GGCCAGAAUCCUGGCCCCGUCUCCAGGCUGAGAAGAGCUACUGAUGACAAAACCCUUACUUGGUCUGUACACCUCCCUCCGAGUUUGAUCAAAGGUGAAGAGCUAAUUUUAGAGGUCAGACUAUUAAACCAUCUCCAGAAUGACACUGAGGUUAUUGUGGUAGUUGAGGAGAGCCAGAUGUUUGAGUUGGUUCUGACAGACACCAGUGCUGUGUCAACGCCCAACAAACAGACCCUGAAAGUGAGGGCACUUGGACAGGCUUGGGCACUUUUCCCCAUACGACCUCUGGUGGUCGGAGAGAUAUCGUUCUCCAUCCUCGUGAUGUCCUCAGAGAUACAGGAUAGCACAAUGGCCAAACUAUUAGUGGUGCCAGAGGGCCAUCAGCAGACCUUCUCCCAGUCUCUGUUUCUGGACAUUCCACCAACCGGGAGCAACUUAUCGAGGAAACUGCAGUUCACGCUGCCUCAUGGAGUGGUGCCAAACACCCAGAGGGCUCACGUGGCUGUGGCUGGUGAUAUUCUUGGCCCCUCCAUUGCUGGCCUGGCUCUACUCAUUCAGAUGCCUCACGGCUGCGGGGAACAGAACAUGAUACAGUUUGCUCCCAGUAUUUACGUAUUGCAGUACAUGUCCAGAGCCUCUGUCAUUAAUAAGGAAAUAGCUGGUAAAGCUUUGGCAUACAUGAAAGAAGGAUAUAAUCGAGAGCUGUCAUACCUGCGGGACGAUGGGUCAUUCAGUGGAUUUGGACAGCGCGAUCCCUCUGGCAGCACGUGGCUGACUGCCUUUGUCCUAAGAUGUUUCUUGCAGGCCCAGGCUUUCAUGCAGAUUGACCAAAGCAUGCUCUCCAAAGCCUUAUCGUGGCUAGCGGAGCAGCAGACUCCAGACGGCAGCUUCACUGAGCCCGGCAGGGUCAUCCACACAGAGCUGCAGGGCGGUGACCAGGUGUCCCUCACCGCUUAUGUCCUCAUCACACUCUUGGAGGACCAGGCCCAAAUGGGGCUGUUCCCAGGUAAUUUGUCCAAAGCCACAGAGUUCCUGGAGACGCAGCUGUCCAGUGGGAUCUCCAGUAACUACAGCUUGUCCCUGGUGUCUUACGCUCUGUCCCUGGCCAGCAGUUUGAGUACACAAAAUGCCAUUGAUGAACUGAUAAGCAGAGCAGACAUUAGAGAUGGAGUUCCACUCUGGAGUUCCAGGAAUGCUGACCUGACAGAGUCCUGGCAGCCCUCCUCAGCAAGUGUAGAGAUUGCUGGGUAUGUGCUGCUCAGUCGGUUCAAGCAGGGUAACAUUGUGGAGAGCAUCGACCUCAUGAAGUGGCUGAGUAGCCAGAGAGGGCCUUCAGGAGGAUUUGGCUCCACACAGGACACUGUUAUUGCUCUCCAAGCUCUGUCACUCUACGCAUCUUUUAGUGGCUCAGAGGCAAUUGAUCUGAAAAUUAAUUUCACAUCCAAGGCCUCUCUGAUGGUAACAAGCUUUACAAUAAACUCCACAAACUAUUUAACAGUUCGUCAACAACAGAUCGACAUGAACACAUCGGUUCACAUAGAUAUCUUCAUUGAGGGAAAAGGAUUUGCCUUAUUUCAGAUGAACAUAUUUUACAAUUUGGAGAGCCUGGCUUUGUCUCAGGCACAAAGGCAUGCCACAAGCCAUGAGGCCUUUGAGCUGAGAGUUAAGGUGUUGGAUGAAGAAAGAGACACAAACCAUAUCCUUUUAUCCAUCUGCACCAAACUGUUAGACAGUCAGAGUAUCAAGCAGACAGGAAUGGCCCUACUAGAUGUCCAGAUUCUGAGUGGAUUUACGCUACGUCCGAAUGGCAUUGAGACAAAUGAUCUGGUGAAGAGCGUGGAACCUCUGCCUGGGAGAGUGGUGCUCUACCUGGAUUCAUUGGGAAAAGCUGAGAAGUGUGUCAACAUAUCUCUUGUGAGACAGUUCAAAGUCGCCCAUGUGCAGCCAGCAUUGAUCCAAGUUCUUGACUACUAUGAGCCUCGGCGGAAGGCCGUGAGACUGUACCACUCCAAGGUGAUGCGUGACCUUCCAAUCUGUACCUUCUGUGGAGACACAUGCGAUCAGUGUUGGGGUAAAAUAAGCACUAGUGAUACCACAACUAUUAACUUGAGAAACAGCGCCAUCUACAGUUUGGGGUGUUUACUAUUAUUUGUUGUCAGAAUGUGACUAAAUAGAAUGCUUCUGAAUUAGUAUAGUAGUAAUAUAGUAUAUAUACUCUUUUGAUCCCGUGAGGGAAAUUUGG